GGGAUGGGAUGUGACGGUAGACGGCUCGGGUGGAGAUAGGAUGAACUGGACCUUAACAUAUUCAAUAUCAUAACGCUAUCCAGAAUAAUGUUCAAUUCAUCGUUUCAUUAAUGGAUGAAGAAGCGCGCGUCCAAAUCUUUGCCAUUUAUUUAAUAGAAGGGUGGAAAUGGAGGUACGAAAAAGAUGACGUAAAGCAAGGAUGGAUGGACUUAUGCAUCUGUAUUUAGUGCGCGAGUGGGGAUUCAUUGAGGGGAUCUAUCCGUAUUUUUGGGUGCGAGAUGGAAUUGUGAUGUUAUGCAUGGUAUGUUUCCCCUUUUCGGUUCUGGCACUGGACUUGGUGGAGAGCAAGAAUGAAGUUUGUGUUGAAGUAUGCCAGUACCCGAUACCUCGGAACACAACGAACGAAUUGAACGGUCUCGCCGAAUAUCACAUCAAACGGAUUCUCCUCCCUCUAUCCGUGAAAGCGAGUCUCAAAUCGCAUCAUCCCCUCACCUUCACUGGCCUCUAGAUCUUCAGUCCAGGCCACUGUCACGACGACCUAGCUAGGCAAGCUCGAACGAUAAAGAUUAA